UUCUACUACGCUCACUCGAGAGGCACACAGGAGAGAAGCAGCUGCAGGAUACCAGGGAUCUACAGCCUCAAGUUCAGCAGGUAGGCAGGAGAGAAGAAGCAGGGUCCGGGGCUGUGCUGGAGGAAUCAGGACAACACAAGCAUGAGAAGAACAAGGGAUACAAGGAGAUGAAUGGGAGAGAAACAAGUGUGAGAGUUGACAUAUAGACAUGUAUAUAUAAACACAGCAAGAUAGAGAAGGAAGAAAGGCUCGUUUUGCUGCGAAGUGGAAAAACAACUAAAAGCUGCUGAGUGGAGCUGGAUUCCUGCAGAGUGGAGCAGAGCAGCGGUGUUCAGCUCUCCCUUAGUGCCAGAUGUGCUCACGAGGAAGACUGUCACACUGAACCCAAGAAGCACCGGACAACCAGCGCAGUCCUGCUGCUGUCUGACCUCAUUCCAAACUCUUCACUCUGCGUGCUGAGGUCUACAGAGCUUUUCAAAAGACUCCAGAUUAUACUGGAGACUGAUGGCUGGCAGCCAAACUGGGAGACCAGUGUGGGAGGACUUGGAAAGCUACUGGUUUAGCAGAGCUGGAGGAGGAAAUCAUUCAGCGAUAACUGGUCUGGAACUGACAGAGUUCAGCUUUCUAACAGCUGGAUUGGAUGCUGUGAUAACGGUAAAAUCCAGGAGUCCUUCACUUUCUAAUUGACUCACAACUGACCCCUCCUGGCCCCUGUGCUGCCCACCUGACCAGUCUCUUAGAGGCUCCUGACACCCAGAGCUUAACUGGAAAGUGUCUGUACUGGUCAGUGACCAGUGAGCGCUCACACAGGAGUGAGUAUACAGAAAGGAUUGCUCCCGGACCCCCAGACAGACGGACAGACAGACAUCGUGUACACCACAUCAGAGUACAGCUUCUUAAAGGAGUCUGCCUGGACGGGCCUGAGCUGUGCCAGUGUGAGACAGCGCCCUCGUGUGGAGCACGACAGGAUCGCAGUCGUUUUUUAACAUUUCAUUUUCCUCGUGUUCCUAAAGCCUCACAAUGGCUGCCGGGGCCAUUCUGCUUCUCUUAUUGGCCGUAAUUAUCCACCAAUCGCCAGCGGCCUCCCCUAUACAAACCACGCCCUUGUUGAACUUUGACCACAACCUCCUCUCACCUUCCCAGCUCAGAAACUACUCCUCCGCCCCUCAGAAUUCUGACUCGGACAAUCUGAACUCAGGGCAGCAGCCAGGCCUGCCCACCUUUCCCGUACCUGGCUGGAAUGAAGGUCCGGUAGAGGAGAUGUUGCCAGAACUUCCCAUGGUGGUGUCCAGUAUAGACCCCAGCGUUGCAGUGGACAACUCCAUAGUCGCUAGUGGUGACGGGGAAGGAGCUGCCAUAGAGCCCGCUGAAGAGCAGCUGACAGCCCCUGCCAUAGAGCCCGCUGAAGAGCAGCUGACAGCCCCUGCCAUAGAGCCCGCUGAAGAGCAGCUGACAGCCCCUGCCAUAGAGCCCGCUGAAGAGCAGCUGACAGCCCCUGCCAUGGCUGCUCCUGAGCCAACUGGGGUGUCUGCUGGGGCAGGGACUGAGAAGGGUACUCUGCUGCCCCCAGUGGACAAAACUACAGCAGCGACAGCAGCGGGAUCUCCACUGCUGACAAAAGUGGAUUCCAGGACACCUUUCACAACUCCCAGUCCCAGCAAGGAUGGCUUUACCCAGCUCCCUGAAUCUCCCAUUUCCAGUAAGGAAACUGAGAUGGAUGCAGGAAAGUUUGGAGAGGAUUGGGAAAGCACUAGGGAAACAGGGAAUAAUACUGUGUCUCCUAAAGCCAUGACCACUCUCAGCUCUGACUCUCUGACACUGGACCCACUGGAGGGUCCCCAGUACCUGAAACCAGUAACCACGGUGGUGCUGCCAUUGUCUCCCACUUCACCCACCCUCACCACAGCGUUCCAAAUGAACCUUGAUGCUACUUCUGCUGGGACCACACCCCAGGGGUGGCCAGGGGCUGGUUUGGCAUUCGAGUCGAGCACUGACACCCCCAAAACAGCCGUGACACCCCAAACUGGAACCCUGCCAGCCCCCGUAGAAACACAAGCACCCCCUCUGUCUGAGAUGGAUCUGGGGGUGACAGAUGGUAACAGAGUCACUCUUGCCUCUUCAGGUAGUCCUUCUACCUUCAGCAGCAGCUACCCAAGAGAAGACCCCUUUCCAAACUCAUCCUCCAAACCCCCUGCAGGUACCCCGGCAUCACCCCUUGGCGACCUUCUUCUGGUCCCCCACACCCCAAAACAGGAGCAUGUCACCUUUCCAGAUUCAGUACGCUACCUUGCCUCCUAUCAGACCACGCAAUCGCUGGUUCUGCUGAGGAACCCUCAGGGGGGUGAUGUCACAAGCAUGGCUGAUGAGGUCACAAUGGCCAACACAAGCAACAGCAACAGUGAUGCUGACCACUUCCUGUCCACCAGAACAGAUGGAGAUACUGUGGGAACUCCUGCCCCGGACGCCAACCAGACACCCCAAAACACAGUUCAAACCAAACCCCCAAAUCCCCAGGCUCUUUCAACCACCUCUUCAUCUUCCCCCGAGCAUCCCAUGACCACGGGAACAGUGAGGUACGCAGAGGGUAACACCCCCACCUAUAGGGCUACCUUGAUAGUGCAGGCUCAGGCCACCACCCCCUCCUUACUGCUGACCGGCAGGACUGAGAUGACCUCUACCUUCUCCCCCGCCACCUCCUCCACCGCUGUGCUCAAACCUACGAAGCAGAUGAGAGCGACUCACAAAGUGACCCCCACUAGCCAGCCUCCACUCACCCCCCUCUCCACAGCGAAGAGGGCAGAGAAAGGUGUUACAAAGACCCAGGGAACAACCAGUGAUGACAAUGUGACAUCAUCAGCAUCACCCCUAACCCCGAUGGGGGUAGUUCCCGUGAGAGGGGCCGAACUAACAACAGCCAAUCACCAGUCGAGAACAGAUCCUAACAAGAGACUGAUCCCCACUCCGCCACAGAAGGGGGACCGACGCUUCAUCCCCAAAGACACCCUCCUGGUGAACGAGGCCGCUCCCCCGCUGGGACGCCCGGCCGUUGUGACCCCCAGCCGACCUGCCCCGCAGCCCUGUCCUGGAGGCCUCGGAGCGUGCAGCCUGCUCCCCCUCCCCAACGGGACCUCUUCCCUGCGCUGGACGGACCUGCGGCGCACGCUGUCCUUCGCCUGGGAGAUGCAUGUCUUCGGCUCUGCGGCGCUGUUUCUUCUGCUGGCCCUAGGGGGGCUGAUAAACCUGAUCGGGACCCCCGUUCUCGAACCCUCUGCCCGGGCUUGCCUGGGACUCACCAACGCUCUGCUGGUUCUAGCUGGGGUGGUCCGGGGCGUCUAUUUCCUGACCGACCCCUACGGGACUAAAGACCUGCUUCCCCGGCCGGCUGUCAUAGGGCUGUACAAUCUGGGCUUCCCCCUGCUCCUCUCGGCCUUCGGGGUGCUGUGUCUGUUGGGGUACAGGGCGGCCGGGCUGCAGGUGCUUCCCGAUGGCCUCCAGCGGCUGCCCCUGGCUGGGGUGGUGGCCCUCCUGCACUCCACUCUCCUCCUGGCCGUGGAUUUCCUCUUCCUCGCCCUCAACCCUUCCGUCCACGUCGUCCUGCAGGUGCUGUCUGUGUCCUGGGGUGCCUUCCUCACCGCAGGGUUCCUCUCCACCUAUCCCCGGCUGCGGAGACAGGCCGCCAGCCCCUCGCUGGAGGAACGGGGGUUUGGGACGGUCGACGGCUGCAGUAACGCGAUGGCCGUGGCCACUGGUCUGAGCUCCAGGAGCAAGCUGGUUCUCCUCCUCUGGCGGGUGCUGGCUGUCUGCGCGGUGCUGGGCUUGCUGUGUUGUGGACUGCAGGUCUACGCUGUCCUCUGGCUCUACGGCAUCCUGGGGGACUGGCAGCACUUCACCUGGGCCUGGUGGCUGGUCCAGUUCUGGUACCGGCUGCUGGAGCUGGCUUGGGGCUUCUUCAUGCUGGUGGUGGCUUCAUGGAUUUUCUGGCGCCGGGGAGGAGAUGGGGAGGCUGGCGGCUGCAGCGAUGGCCACACCUGCUGGCUGAAGAUCGUGCAGAGCUUCUGCGGCCGGAGACAGCACAAACUGGACAGCAACGGGGGCAGCUCCAACGGGAUCGGGAGCAACUCCGAGUUCCCCAACAACUGGGCCUCCCAGGAACGCAACGGGGCGGAUAUCAGCAAGAGCCUGAUCCGGAACCACCCGGAAACCCUGCCCCUGAGGACCCUGAAGGAGAGCAACGAACGCAGAACCAGGCUGGCCCUCCAGGGCGGCUCCACCAGCUCCCUGCUCUUCCUCAGGCAUGGGCUGGGCAAGCCUCACAACCUGUCCUUGCUGCGGCGAUCCCACAGCACCGUGUGCCUCGAGAAGGAGUCCAUCCUCUCACUCGCGGACUUCGACCUCCGGCCCCCGUCCCCCAUCGACCUGAGCCGCAGCAUCGACGAGGCUCUCUUCAGGGAGCACCUGGUGAAGGACAGCCUGUUCAGCAGCUUCAUCCCUCACCGCUGGCUCAACACUGCGGAUUCACGCACCUCCCUGGCAGGGGAGCUGUCCUCCACCCGCACGGGCUGUGAGCCGCUACUGCUGUCCUCUGUGGCUGCCUCGUCCCCUGCUGGCUUCAAAUACCGGCGCAGCAGCGACCCCAACUUUCUGUACAGCCUGGCAAAGGGCAGCUCGUUGGCAGAGCCUAGUGAGAAAAUGGAGAGGGAGGAAUGUGAGAAGGAGGAGAAAGAGAGGGAGACUCCCUCCCAGGGAAAACACAGCUGUACUCCCUCCAGCAGUAAUUUGAGCACAGCAGCGACAGGUUCAAAGACCCCCAUCCACCUGCCAAGGACUCCCCCCAUUAAUAGUGGCAGUCCGCUCACACCUCCGGUCUCAAUCCGCUUGCACCGGACUCCCUCCAACAACACCUCUCUGGACAGCCUCUCCGGGACCUCUCUCUCUCUGCAGACCGGGCAGGGAAUCACGCCCACGGACGACCUUCGAGAGCCCUUCCUUGGGGUCAGGGUUCAGGGGUUGGAGCUGGACGACUCGGAGAGGGAGGCCAGGCGGAGCUUCCUGGAGAUCAGCCGACAGGUCGACUCGCUCAGCAUCUGCAGCGACACCAUCGACCUGUGAGCCCAAGGAGCGACUGCGCCCCCUGGUGGGCUGGCUGGCUGGCUGGCUGGAGGAUGAGUGAAUGCCAUGACCAUGCUGUGACUGCUGGUCCUGCUUUCAUUGCAAUACACUGUUUAUAGAGACACCUCUUUUUAUUCUCUUUUUUUAUUUUUUUCGUGUGGGUUGCAGAUCAAAAAGGCACAAUACUAAUUAUCUGUGACGAGUCCCUGAGUGUUAAAAAAAGAAAUAAAAAACUGAACCGUGUCUAAUCAGGGAGCACUUCAUGUAAACUUUCUUUUUAAAGGCCGCUUGAAGAGAGGAACAACCGAGAUGGACCCAGCACCAGUUUGUGUGCUGUACCGAGAUCACUGUGCUGCGCUGGAGCUGUGUGCAAUCAAACAAGCUAACAGAGCCGAAAGCGUCUGGAUCCUCGCUGGCUUCCCCCUCUACCCCUCUGGGCUGUACAGACGGGUGUGAGCCCAGCCACUGCUCUUCUCAUAUAUUCAUUGCAAGCAGUUGAGCCAGGGAUCAGAGCAGCCCUCAGCCCUUCCACAAGAACGAAACAACCAACUAGCCCUAAUAAAUGAAAUGAGAGAGGGAGAGAAAGAAGAUUGAAAGAGAGAGCUGGGGGGCUGUAUUAAUAUUAUACAGUAUUGCAUAAACCAAAUUAACUUCAGGCUCCUGUGUGACCCGGAACACCAGAUUCUAUCCUGUUAGUAAUGACAGACAAUUAUACCACAGGAGGCAGUCACACACCUCCUUUACAAUUACACCACAGGAGCCAGUCACACACCUCCUUUACAAUUAUACCACAGGAGCCAGUCACACACCUCCUUUACAAUUAUACCACAGGAGACAGGCACACACCUCCUUCACAAUUAUACCACAGGAGACAGGCACACACCUCCUUUACAAUUAUACCACAGGAGCCAGGCACACACCUCCUUCAUAAUUAUACCACAGGAGCCAGGCACACACCUCCUUUACAAUUAUACCACAGGAGGCAGUCACACACCUCCUUCACAGUUAUACCGCAGGAGGCAGACACACACCUCCUUCACAAUUAUACCACAGGAGGCAGGCACACACCUCCUUCACAAUUAUACCACAGGAGCCAGUCACACACCUCCUUUACAAUUAUACCACAGGAGACAGGCACACACCUCCUUUAAAAUUAUACCACAGGAGGCAGUCACACACCUCCUUUACAAUUAUACCACAGGAGGCAGGCACACACCUCCUUUACAAUUAUACCACAGGAGACAGGCACACACCUCCUUUACAAUUAUACCACAGGAGCCAGUCACACACCUCCUUUACAAUUAUACCACAGGAGACAGGCACACACCUCCUUUAAAAUUAUACCACAGGAGGCAGUCACACACCUCCUUUACAAUUAUACCACAGGAGGCAGUCACACACCUCCUUUACAAUGGUGUCCUGCAGACAGUGUCCUCGCUUCGGGGGGGAGGUCAUGCAUAUCAAGUGACGCUUUCAGUAAGAGACUAUUAAAGCCAUGUGGCAGUGCUUUUGUCAAUGUUAUUAACAAAGCAGGCCAGCAUAACACACGUGGAGCAGCACAUUGUACAGACUUGUGUGGACUUGGUUAUUCACACUUGAUGGGAAUAAGCGAUGGAAAGACGUUUGUUUCUCAGCUAUACUGGACUGACUUAAAAGAUCAUUUUAAUAUAUUAUUAUUAUUAUUAUUAUUAUUAUUAUUAUUAUUAUUAUUAUUAUUAUUAUUAUUUUGUAUUAAUUGUAUCAUUUUUUAUCAUUAACAUGAACCGUGAAAAAUAUAACCCUGAAAAUCAGAGCCCCUCUCUAUAUUGCAGGGAUAGAAGUAAAGACUCCUGUUGCAUAGCAGUUUGAUCCAUUCCUGGUUUUACGAUGAGUUUAGUAUGACACACCUGAGCUUGUUACCUAAACACACUGGGGCUGAUCAAGCAAAUAUAAAAAUCUGGAAUGGAUGAAACAGCUAUGCAAUCGGAUUCUUAUUUCCACCUCUAAUAUUGUGUGUUUAAAAAUACAGGUCAGAGACGUGACAGUGUCUCGAGUCUUACCAGUACUUGCUGUUGUGCUACAGAGCAGUAUUAUAGUGUAUUUCAGAUCCCAGUGUAUAUAAGGCAUCUCUAAUGCAAUGGAAUGUUUUUUUUAUCACACAAAUAGGGACAUAAGCUGUUCCAAUCAAACUCUGUACAAAUAUUCCAUGAAUACCCUUCACUCUUUUUCCACAGUUGCGCUGCUUCAUUAGUUUGAUUUAAUUUCAUUUCAAUUCGUCUCAAUACAUUUCUGUGCAUAUCAGUACAUUUCAGCGCAUCUCAAAAGAUCUCCGUGCAUUUCAAUACAUCUCAGUAGCCAUUAUGAUCAGGAUGAAGAAGGCAUUGGGUUUGAGUAACUUGUGGGUAAAAGAAAAUAAAAAAGGGCUGCAGUGGGUUUGAGUAGCUCAGUGGUUAGAGAAAG